AGACACGUUUUUUGCAUUAACUCGUUCGUGUCUCUCGUUUAUAAAUGCAGGAGAAAUACCUUUGUAAUGAAUGAUUUUUUUAUUCGAUAAAACAUACCCACAGACAAGUUCUAUAUAAAGCGCGGGCUUUUUGAAUUUUUAAAAAACCUACAGGGCAUAACGAAUUCACGACUAUAUAUGCACUAUCCGCUCGAGCCGAGAAACCUCCCCCGCGAACUUGUUGCACGAGGCCGUAAUGUAUGUAUAAUCUUAUCUCCAGUGUCGCACCGUGUUUACCUUUGUCGCGCGGCGCGCAGUGUGUCGCUCGUUCGAUGCCUUAUGCUGCAUCGCGCGAUCGUAAAUAUUUUUCGAAUGCUAGAGGCGCUUGUUCUCGAUACUUAUAUCGAUAGCAGCUUAUAUUCGCUCUAUGGAAGAGUCUGCUAUAUGGCAAAUAUUGGUGGAUUUUUUCAUUUCAUUUGAUUAGUGUAAAAAUAAUUUGUUUCCUAUAAGAUUGUAAGAAACACACUUGAAUGAAGCAUUUAACUCGAUGAAUGAAACGUCCUAUCCGUAAACACAAUAGAUAUACAUGUAUACACGCAGACGGUUUCAUUCAUCGGAAAGAGGGAAAAACUCUCUUCCUCAUCCCCCUUUUACAAAGUUUUCGCGGCAGAGACGGCUCGAGUGUGUAUGGGCGCAUAUAUACAGUCGUUCCCGUAUACACACAUACCGAGGUAAAAAGUUGGCCUGCGCUGUAUUAUAGGGUAGGUUGGGGGGUAACGACUCUCUAUUUUGAUGCCGACCGCGAACUUUGACCUUUACGCUUAUCCAUCUUCUUCUUUUACCUGCCUUUUAUUUAUUUAGUUUUUUGUAUCUCAUUUAUUUUUUUAAAGUAGUCUAUCCAGUUUUUAUUUUUUGGAGUAUCGAUACUUGGAUAACGUCCAGACAGUUGACGAAAAAAUUGUAAACAAAAACAUAACCCCAUGACUACGCUUUUGACUUUCUUAAAACAUCAAAAUUUAAAUACAAAAAGUUCAAAAUCAUACGCGUUAAAAACAGAACUGUAAGGAUACAAUGGGAGCGUCUUACCUCGUGAUCCUCUUGUUAAUCUCGUGUCCAGUCAACAGCAACGGUGACUACGGCAGGGAUUCUGCAAUAAAUUAUGUAAUGAUCGAGGAAGCGCUUCAGCGCAGGAUCGACGCGAUCAAGGAGAAAAUUGACGUGGAGAAGCGCGAACGCGAGCGUCGGAUUCAGGAGAAUAACGAAAAGUUCGACGAGCUGCAGCGCAGGUUUGCCGUCGAGGACAUGGUCGAAAUUAAAGACGCCGAUCAAGACACGCGAAUCAAGAGAGGCAGAGAAGACAACGAGGUGAUCCAAGAAUCGAAAAAAGUGGAAGACGAGGCUGCUGGAAAGCAACCCAAUUUCCUCUUUCAGUCGGAAGCGCAACCCGGUGACAACCGUCGGAUCAUCAGACGGAGACACGUCGCUCGCAGAUUCAGGGGAUCGCCAUUAAGGUUCGUCCGCAGACGACGAAGGAGACACAGUAGGUCGCCCAGACGAAGGCGACGAAGACGACGUAGACGGAACAAAAGCCUGACAUCCGCCUACGCGGAGAACUUCGCUAGAACGGACUACAAGAACGGUCCCUUGUCGAGAUUCAAAAGGGUCUGAUAUGCAUAUGAGUGAACGCAAUGACAGCGACGUGUAAGAUUCUUUUCUCCAUUUAUUUAAAAAAAUCGAUGUCUGAGAAAUGGUGUUCACAAUAAUAUGGUACAACGACAUAUCGGCAAAUACAGAUAUUAAUUAUUUAUAAGUUUUUUUCUUUUUCAUUAUAAUGUAUAACUGUUUCGUGUGUAUCUCUGUGUGUGUGUUUAUGUGAGUGUACAAGUGUGUCGUGUGCGGUUCAUCUCUCGCGUGUAAAUUGUAAUUUACCACAAAUAACAUUGGCUAUAUACAAAUAUUACAAUCGUUCUCAUCUUCAUUCCUCGCUUUUUCUUUUUUUUUUUUUUAUUUCAUGUUAAAAUGCAGAAAGUAUGUAUCGUCGUGUCGCUCGCUCGCUACAUAUUAUUUGUUUUCUUUCCAUCACACUCUCGGCUCCUACUCGCUUACAUGAUCCUUUCUUGUCGCGGGCAUGUAUGUAUGAUCUAGCGUUGAUUCUCUCGCGCAGGUAUCCGGUCGAACGAUGUACGCAGAAAGAGAGAGAUUGAUCGAUCUAUAUUUAUCAAUGAAAAUCUAUAACGAUGCGAAUAGUUCGGCGGUGGCCUGAGAUUUUUUUUCUUUCUUGGUUUGUUAAUAUAGAGACAGUAACAGAGAUAGUGAGAGAGAUAGAGAGAGAGAGAGAGAGAGAGAGAGAGAGAGAGAGAGAGAGUUUUUGUGUGAAUGAUAGAGAGAAAGACCGUGUGACAUGAAAGUAUGGAAGCGGAACACGUAUACCAGGACAAUCGACGAAACAAUAAUAAUAACAAUAAAAAUGCGAGUUCUCAAUACCACUAAUUGACGAAAAAAGCUUUCGGACAUACGAAUAAUCUAGUGAAGAGGUUUACAAAGUAAAUUUUUCACAAUGUAGUAUAACG